GGCUGCUCCAAAGGGCACCAGAUGCCAGAGCACUCAAGAUAGGAUCCUGCCGCCUUGAGCUUCCCCCGUUAGGAAAACAAGUUAUUUUUUGAUCCACUCCUGAAGAGCAAGGUUCUGCGGAAUGGCCAGCAACACCAGCACCAGUGGCGUGGAGCUCAGGAGCCCCAGCCAGAACGUGGAAAAUAAGCAUGAGGAGAAGGUCCAGGAUCCUGACAGAGAGAAGGACGAGCCUAAGGCAGACAUGGGGAGCAAAACCUGGGCAGACCUGGCUGGGGAGAUGAAGAUAUUCUUGUGGAACCCGGAGGAGAGAACAUGCUUGGGGAGAACAGCCAAGAGCUGGGGCUUGAUCUUACUGUUUUACUUCAUUUUCUACACGUGCCUGGCGGGAAUGUUUGCCUUCUGCCUGUAUGUGAUGCUGCUCACGCUCAGCCCCUACACGCCCAGGUUCCGGGACCGUGUGUCUCCACCAGGAGUGAUGAUCAGACCAUACUUGAAUGGCUUCACCAUUGCCUUCAAUGUCUCCCAGCCCAACACGUGGCAGCCCUACGUGGACAGCAUGCACCACUUCCUAGCAGCUUAUGAUGACAAAGUUCAGGAGGAGAAGAAUAUCGAGUGUGUCCCAGGCCAGUACUUCAUCCAGGGGGGCAAUGACAGUGAGGAGAAGAAGGCGUGCCAGUUCAAGCGCUCGCUGCUGCAGAACUGCUCCGGCAUCGAGGACCCAACGUUUGGCUACUCCAGAGGCCAGCCCUGCAUCCUGCUGAAGAUGAACCGGAUCAUAGGCUACCGCCCUGGUGCCGGGGUCCCCGUGAGCGUGGACUGCAAAGUGCAGAAAGGCAAUGAGAGUCACCUCAGGUCGGUGGAUUUCUACCCUGGGAAUGGGACAUUUGACCUCAUGUAUUAUCCCUACUAUGGCAAGUUCACCCACGUCAACUACACCUCCCCUCUGGUGGCUAUGCACUUUACAGACGUGCAGAGGAAUUACUUGGUCCCCAUCCAGUGCAGUCUGAAUGGGAAAGGAAUUAUCAACGACCUGAACAGCGACCGCUUCCUGGGCCGAAUCAUCUUCACCCUCAGCAUUGGGAAGUAGCCCCUGCCAACACCAGGCACUUAGGUUAAGUCAAUCAAAGGCCUUUUCCUUUUUAAAGCAUCAAGCCAGCAUUUUUUUCUGCUAGGAAAAACAGGCACGUGGAGAUUAUUGUUAAUUUAUUUUUGUUCAUAGUUAGGAAACCAAUGAAAAGCGUGGAUUCACAUUUUUCAUCUUCUGAUGUAAAUCAUUAUUAGUAAAAAUUAGAAAUUUUUCUCUGGGGAGAGAACCUGCAAAAGAUUUCACUUUUGAUUGAAAAAAACCUCUGGUAUCCAAAUGCUAUUUUCAUAACUUCUUUUAUGAGUGAUCCCUGUGGAAUGCAUCUUUCCUGGCUUUAAAUUUUAUUUUUUAGAAUAGUUUUAUAUGCAUUUCUCAGGCAAAAGCUAAAAAGGAGGUAGUUUAUUAGCACUAUUCUUGUUAAAAUAAUAAACAGCAAAAAUCCUGGAUUAUUCCUGCAAUAACAGAGUGGAAAAGUGAAAAUGGCAGCUCUCAAAAUGCUUUCCAGCCCCAGAAGCAUCUUGACUGCAGCAUUUUACACAGCUUGUUGAUCACACCCAAGGUGUUGAGUAAGGGCCACAGAAAAUCGUUUGGCCUUGAACCCUUCCAGCUGUUCCUUUCUAAAGUGGGAAGAUGAAUGCAUUUCUCCCUCCCUCCUCCUCACUGCAGCACUCCUCCCUGCCCCAGGGAUCCUCACCCAGUCUCUUGGACAGGAUGAGUGAGAGGAUCUCUCUUGUCACAGUUCACAGGCUGGCAGUGCCUCCCGCUCAGGCACUGCCCAAAGCUCUCAGACCUGUUCAUCCCCAUUCCAGAGAGGUCACAGCUGUAAUGAGGCAGCAAAAUGCAGGGAAAUGCUCAGUCCUCUCACAGCUGAGGGGACAGUGUUGGGGUGAGUGAGGGCAUCUGUCUGAGGGGACAGUGUUGGGGUGAGUGAGGGCAUCUGUCACCCCAAAGGCUGAUGAGACACAGAGCGCGCUGCCCUGAGCAGCCCGAGCCUGCCUCGGAUGGGACAGAGACCAGCUGCACUCUGCUUGCUGGGAGCUACAAAACACAGCAGGACAGGACACCUUGGGUAAAGUACUGCUGGGAAAGCACACUUACUAAAAUUACUGCCUGAACAGGGGCAUUAUGGAAUGUUUGUCCUACAUCCAUAGCCAAGGAACUUCAUCUGCCGUCAUUUCCUGAUCUAUAUCAGUCUCUAAGAAGUGAUUUUUUCUAUUUAAAAUAAAGCGACUACAGUAAAAUUAA